GCCAGGCUCUGAGGUACCCUCCUGGGGAGGCAGACGUGAGUGAGGCAGCGCCCUGCCUGCACUUAAACCUCCAGCUUCCCUUCCUACUUCUCAGAGGGAGCAGAGCCAAGAUCCUCCAGGGUCCUGGAGAAAGGACUCCUCUGAGGCCACUGAGAGUGAGCAGCCCUGCCUGGCAAGACAGCCGAGGCUCAGUAGCAUCCAGACAGGCAGUAACAUCUCGGGGGACCCGGAGUUCCAGGCCUCCAGGGACCAGAGCCACCAGGGGCUGGCACCCUUCUCUGAAGGACAGAGCUCCACAUCCAGGGCCAGCAGCUCCGGGAUGGACAAGGUGACCUGGGUCUACUUUGCUAUGACCUUCCUGACCACUGUCACCUGUGUGUGUGGGAUAGCGGGCAACAGCACUGUGAUCUGGCUGCUGAGCCGCAGCUUGCGGAGGACCCCCUUCUCCACCUACAUUCUCAACCUGGCGGUGGCCGACCUCCUCUUCCUCCUCUGCAUGGCCUCCACGAUAAGCCUGGAGACCCAGCCCCUGACUGACUUCAGGAGCACCAACAGCAGUGCCAACCUGAGCAUCAGUCCUAGAGCCAAGGUGACAGUCACUGCCUACGAGGUAAUGAAGAGGGUGAAGUACUUUGCCUACACCACCAGCCUAAGCCUGCUCACAGCCAUAAGCACCCAGCGCUGCCUCUCAGUCCUCUACCCCAUGUGGUAUAAGUGCCACCGGCCCCGGCACCUGUCGGCCACAGUGAGUACCCUACUCUGGGCGCUGUCCUUCAUCAUGAACAUGCUGGCUUCCUUGUUCUGCAGCAGGUUCUGGGAUUUAACCUAUGCACAGUGUUUCAAGGUGGACAUGGCCUUGGGCGCCCUCAUCCUAGGGGUCUUCACGCCUGUGAUGGCCACAUCAAGUGUCACCCUCUUUGUCCAGGUGCAGAAGAGCACUCUGGUGCGGCGGCGACGGCCCCGGCGGCUGUACGUGGUCAUCCUAGUCUCGGUCUUCGUGUUCCUUGUCUGUUCCCUGCCCCUGGGCAUCUACUGGUUUGUCCUAUACUGGGCGGGCCUGCGGCCUCACGUGGAGCUCCUGUGGGUCUGCCUGUCCCGCCUCUCCUCCUCUGUGAGCAGCAGCGCCAACCCAGUCAUCUACUUCCUGGUGGGCAGCCGGAGGAGCCAGAGGCUGAAGGAGUCCAUGGGGGCUGUUCUGGACCGGGCACUGCAGGAGGAGCCCGAGCUGGAGGGAAGGGAGACGCCCUCCACAGGCACCCAGGAGGGCAUCUGAGGUGGUCCACUGCGCCUCUCACCUUACAGGCCACAUCCUGGGGGUGACAGCUCCCCCUCCUCCCUUCCCUGCAAGAUCCUGGCUGUCCUGCUGCAGGGGCCCCAAGGGCUUUCCCGCUCAUCGUGCUGCAGUCACCCCCCCACCAUCACCAUAUUGCAUCCUGGCUCUAACUGGGAGGUGCAGUGUAAAUUCUUCCCUUAUAGCCAAUCUCUAGUCAGAGGAUAGACGGUACCCUUUAGCCAGGUACUGUUUGAAGCUGGCUAUGGCAAUGGCCUCUAGAGGUGGGGUCACAGGCUUCUGGCCUGGAUGUGAAAGCUCAUUCCCUCAGCCACCUCCUCCCCUUGAGAUGGUGUCUUUGUCCAUGCUGGGGGAGUGGCUCAUGGGGCUGUUCCUUGGGCACACACUGGUGGCAUCAAGUGCCCAUGCUGAUGAACCUGUGUGCAGCCAGUCACCUGUGCCCUCACUGCUGACCCACACCUGGCUGGUGCUGAGCCCAGAGAUUCGGUCCUGUCCCCCGUCUGACCCCUACACUGGAUUCUGAGGUCACACUGACCCCUCAAUCUCUGCUCCCCACGCCCUGCCAGGCCUGUUCAGUUUCCUGGAGAGGCCACACUGCUCUGGGACAGAGGCCAGCCAGUGCAUGCCAGGGGGAGCCGAUGAUCAGAGACCCGGGAGUAGAUGUGCAAUCAGCAUGAGGGCACAGCCGAGAGGCAACUCCCAGAGAAGGGGGUGCAGAGCCUGGAGGUGACCAGGCUCCCUGCUAAGAGUCCUGUGGGGGCUCAGGAUAAAGCAGCUUUCCUUGAGGCACCACAUCACUCCUGUGAGAUCGGCUAGGCUCAGACGGACAAAAGAUGGCCCAUGCCAGUGAGUACGGGGAGAAAGGAGAACUCAUACCCUGUCGGUGGGAAUGUGAGUUAGGAAAAACAGAAUGGAGGACCUCAAAAAACCAAAACUAGAACUGCCACGUGACCCAGCUGCCCCACUCCUGGGUGUGUACCAAAGGAGAGGAAAUCAGGAUGUGUUCAUUGCAGAACUGAUCCCAGUAGACGAGGUGUGGAUCACAUGAACCCAAGUAACCACCACUGGGUGAAUGGGUAAAGGGAAUGCACUGUAUAUGCAAAGGAAUUCUACUCAGCCAUAGAAAGCGAUGAAAUUCUGUCAUUUGUGACAACAGGGCCAAGGACACUGUUCAGUGGGAAAAGCCAGGCACAGAAAGACAAAUGCCAUGUGAUCUCCCUCAUACUCAGAACCUAAAAUUGUUGAUCUCACAGAAGUAGAGUAGAGCUGGGGAUGUAGCGCAGCAGCACAGCACCUGCCUGGCAAGAGCAAGGCCCUGAGUUCAAUUCCUGGUACCAAAAAAAAGACAAAGAUGAAGUACAGAGGAGGACAGUUUGCCGGAGGCCGGAGAGGUCAUGAUGAGGUCAACAAAUGCAAAAUUACAGUCAGAUGGGAGGAUAUGUUCUGGGGUUCAUGUGUACCAGGAUGACUGUGUCAGUAACAAGAUACUGCACAUUUUAAAAUAGCUAGACAGGGGUCAGGGAUUUAGCUCAGUGGUUCCGCCUGCCUCGCAAACGCAAGGUCCCGAGUUUGAUCCCCGGUAAUAUAAAAAGAUAAAUGAAUAAAUAGCUAGGCAGAAGAUUUUGAGUCUCACCACUGAGGAAUAAUUCCUGUCUGGGGUGUCAGAAACCCUGACCGUGUCGAUUUGAUCACUGCACCACGUAUGCAUGUAUUGAAACAUCAUGUUGCACUGCAUAAAUCUGUACAAUUAGUAUGUGUCAUUUAAAAGCCAAAAUAAAACAACCACCAAGAAAAGAGAAAUGCGGAACCUUGUAUUUCUCGUCUCCCGGUGGUGGCCUGUGGAAUGUGGAUAUGCUGCAUUUG